CUUAUCAAGCCACUCUCUUAUUGGUGCAUAUCCGCAUCGCAACGCUAAGUGAAUUGGUUGAGAGGGCGUAACAGGCGAUCAUAACCGUAAUAAAAGGGACAGCAAGAGCAAUUUACCUGCAAAGACGUGCAUUGAAUUCACAAUGGCUGGCCCCAUCUUUAACUGCAAGUUAGCCACCGCCUUGCCACAGCUUAAAAAUGGCGAAACAAUUUUAUUUGAAGCUGACGUAAACGAUGGAGCCUUGUAUGACAACAAAACUGGUACGUUUGUGGCUAGACUUGCCGGAUGGUACCACUUCUCCUUUGCAGUUGCUACCAGUGAUUCAUAUACACCUGCUGCAGUUUCUUUACAAAAAGAUAGCAUCCCGAUAGCACAUGCCAUUACAGAUGUACCAACAAAAACAUCACCAUUAGCUGUUUCUCAAGGAAGCAAUCAAGCGAUCGUUUUCAUGAAACCAGGAGAAAAAGCUAAAGUAGUCGGAUAUCAUCACAAUGCCAGUAACAUUGUUGCAGAUGGUUUUACAACCUUUACAGGUUAUCUACUGAAAGAAGCAUAGAUUGCAAAAGAAGAAACCAUGUUCAGAUUUAAUUAACUGAAUUUAAUGAAAAAUUAUAACUUGUAUUUAGAUAUAAAGUGCUUUGCUUAACAUGUAUUCUUUCUUUCCCUUGAUAAUAUUCAAAUAAAGAUAUAAGUGUGCAUGGGAUUUUCUACAUACUGUUUACAUAGUGAUGUUAGCCAUUAAAAGACACUUAACAUUGUGACAUUAUGAUUUUAAACAAUUUUUUACUUUGGUCAUUUUACUGAAAAAAAAUGUGUGUUCUUUAUCAUAUAUUUAAAUCAUUAUUUAAAAAAUAAACUAAAUAGCUUUUAUUGCAAACUGCAAUUACAUUUUUUUAAAAGAUCACAAUUGAUUUUUAAUCGGUGAUAUCUUGUUAUAUACAUAGUCUUUAUCUUUAAUGAAAUAUUCAUCAUUUUAUGCUUUAAUACUUUCUCAGUUUACUUAAUAAAAACUCACUUAAAACUGUA